GGUGGUAGGUGAAGUGGAAAUGUGCUCCGUCGUUGGCUUUCGAGCCCUGUUCACGUUUUGCAUUCUAGUUCUGUGGUGCGAAGCUGCCCCUACGAUCCAAGAUGAGGCACUGCAGCAACUCAGGCAGCUGACUUUGACCCAGGCGAAGCUCAUUGCGGAUAAUUCUUCCGCCAAGUGUAGUCUUACCCCAAAUCUUUGCGGCUGGCAACUGCAUCUGUACGAGGGCCACGGAUUCAGUGUGCCACUUAUCCAGCCCGUGCAAAAUCCCACCACGCGAGCACCGUCGAAUGUUGCUCAAGAAGUCUUUGGAUUGACCCGUCAAGAAAAUGGACCGCAGCUGUUUAUUGUGGCCGAUGUUGAGCCCAAGUCGAGACGAAAAGUGCGAGGAAAAAGAAAACUCCGACGACGAGCCACUCUUAAUUACUUGAGUAAACAAAAAUUUGUCUUGCUGGUCGUUCAAUAA